CAUAACUUUUUAUCAGAACUCGGGAUUCUCUUUAACUUUUCUCUCUCUUCCUUUAUUUGAGUUUUGCGUUUUGUAGUACGAAUGGCGCUAUUUUAGGUGCUUGUUAAAGUGUUUUCCAUUGUUGUUUGUUCAUUUCAAGCUCUUCUCUUCAUGGUUGUAUUUAGAGUAUUAAGACAGUGAUUAGUUAGCUUGCAGAAAAGAGAAAAGUUGUUGUAAAAGAUGUCUUCAAGGUCGACUAACAGGACAAGUUCUAGGGGAAGUUCGUCUCGAUCGAGGCAUGAUGCCCGAGUAAUGGCUCAAACUCCCAUUGAUGCUAAGCUUGCUUUGGAUUUUGAUGAGUCUAGGCGCCACUUUGAUUAUUCUUCUUCAGUUGAUAUCAACUUGUCAACUUCUACUGGCAAUAUUCCUUCCUCAACAGUGUCAUCCUAUCUUCAAAAGAUGCAAAGAGGGAGCCUCAUCCAGUCUUUCGGGUGUCUGAUUGCCAUUGACAAGCAGGACUUCCGCGUCCUUGCGUAUAGUGAAAAUGCGGCUGAGAUGUUGGACUUGGCUCCAAUUUCUGUCCCUAACAUCAAACAAGAAGAGGCUUUAAAGUUUGGAACUGAUGUAAGAACUCUUUUUAGCUCUUUGAGUGCUUCUGCACUAGAAAAAGCUCUACAUUUCCCCGAGGUUAAUCUCCUCAAUCCCAUGCUUGUUUAUUGUAAGAAUUCAGGUAAGCCCUUUUAUGCUAUUCUACAUAGAAUUGAUGUGGGAUUGGUCAUAGACUUGGAGCCAGUGAAUGUCGAUGAUUCUGAGGUAACAACUGCAGGGGCAUUAAAGUCUUAUAAGCUUGCAGCUAAGGCCAUUUCAAAAUUGCAAUCAUUACCAACCCAUAAUAUCCAGCUUCUGUGUGAUGUUUUAGCUAAAGAAGUGAGGGAACUAACGAAUUAUGACCGGGUUAUGGUGUAUAAAUUUCAUGAAGAUGAGCAUGGAGAAGUGAUUGCUGAGAAUUGUAGGCCUGAAUUGGAACCUUAUCUUGGUCUGCAUUAUCCAGCAACUGAUAUACCACAAGCUUCAAGAUUUCUGUUUCUAAAAAACAAGGUGAGGAUGAUAUGUGAUUGUCUUGCUUCUCCCAUAAAAGUGAUUCAAGAUGACAAAUUGACUAAACCACUGAGUCUCGGUGGAUCAACUUUAAGAGCUCCACAUGGUUGCCAUGCGCAGUAUAUGGCAAAUAUGGGUUCUGUUGCAUCUCUUGUGAUGGCUGUGACAAUCAAUGAGGAAGAUGAUGAGGUUAAUGAUCGACGGAGAGGAAAAAAGUUAUGGGGGUUGGUUGUGUGUCAUCACACAAGAUCGAUGUUUGUUCCAGUCCCCCAAAGAUAUGCUUGUGAAUUCUUAGUUCAAGUUUUUGGCAUACAAAUUAACAAGGAAGUUGAAUUGGCUGUUCAAAUGAGAGAAAAACACAUAUUGAGGAUUCAAACUGUGCUUUGUGACAUGCUCAUGAGAGACUCCCCUACAGCAAUCAUAACCCAGUCACCUAAUGUGAUGGACCUGAUCAAGUGCGACGGAGCUGCACUCUUCUUCAAGAAUAAAGUCUGGUUGCUUGGCAUUACUCCAUCUGAAAUACAGAUCAGAGUUAUAGCACAGUGGCUCCUUGAUCACCAUGGCACUACUAAAGGAUUAAGCACUGACAGCCUUCAGGAAGCUGGUUACCCUAGGGCUUCAGAACUUGGGGAUGCAGUCUGUGGGAUGGUUGCAGUUAGAAUAACAUCAAAUGAUGUCCUGUUUUGGUUUAGGUCGCAUACAGCGAAGGAAAUCAAAUGGGGUGGUGCGAAACACGACCCUGUGGACACGGAUGAGAGAAGAAAGAUGCAUCCAAGAUCAUCAUUUAAGGCAUUUCUAGAGGUGGUCAAGUGGAGAAGUCUACCUUGGGAAGAUAUGGAAAUGGAUGCUAUCCAUUCAUUACAACUGAUACUGAGAGGCUUAUUGAAGGAUACUGCUACAACUGAUUCGAAAACCAUCAAAAACAAUUCAAACAUGAUUGUAAAUGUACCUGGGGUUGAUAAUUCACUGGUGAAUACACUCCAAACCGUCACUAGCGAAAUGAUCCGUCUCAUUGAAACUGCUGCUGUCCCAAUUUUCUCUGUGGAUGUGUCUGGUGUUAUAAAUGGAUGGAAUGUCAAAAUGGCUGAGAUAACAGGUUUACUAAUAGAGAAAGCAAUGGGCUUACCCUUAAUUGACGUGGUUAGUGAUGAAACAGUUGACAUAGUCAAAAACAUGCUCUCCUUGGCUGUACAAGGUACGGAGGAGAAAGAUGUUCAAGUAAGACUAAGAACAUUUGGUUCCCUAGAAAAGGAGACUUCUUUGGUUGUAGUUAAUGCAUGUUGUAGUCGAGAUAUGAAUGAAAAUGUUAUAGGAAUAUGCUUUAUUGGGCAAGAUAUUACUUUACAGAAAAGCAUCAUGGACAAAUAUACCCACCUACAGGGCGAUUAUACUGGAAUCAUAAGGAACCCUAAUCAUCUUAUUCCACCAAUAUUUAUGAUGGAUGAGAAAGGUCGGUGUUCGGAGUGGAACAAUGCAAUGGAAAAACUAUCUGCGUUUAGUAAAGAGGAAGCCAUUGGUCGAAUGCUUCUUGGAGAGGUUUUCACUACCGAACAUAUCGGUUGCCAGGUCAAAGAUCAUGAUACCUUAGUUGGGCUCAGGAUAGUAGUAAAUAAGAUAAUUGCAGGUGAGAAUGCCGAUAAAGUGAGUUUUAUAUUCUUUGAUCGGCAUGGUAAAUGUAUUGAUACAUUGCUCUCUGCAAGUCCGAGGACUGAUGCCGAGGGAAAGGUCACUGGAGUUCUGUGUUUUCUACAUUUACCUAGUCCAGAACUUCAAUAUUCUGUAAACUUGCAGAGGGUCUCAAGAAAGGCUGCUGAGAGUACUCAAAAUAAGUUGGCAUAUAUCCGAGAGCAGAUUAGAAAUCCAAUACAAGGGAUGAUGUUUACUCGUAAGUUAGUGGAGUCAUCUGAGUUGAGUGGAGGGCAAAAACGGCUGCUUCUGACGAGGUCAUUGUGUGAAGAUCAGUUAAUGAAGAUAGCUGAGGACACUGAUAUCCCAAGUAUUGAGGAAGGUUACAUGGAAGCAAGAAAUGCUGAGUUCAACCUCGGGAUAGCUCUUGAGGCUGUAAUGAGUCAGGUGAUGCCCUCAAGCCAGGAAAGCCAGGUGCAGCUCAUUCAGAAUUUACCUGCUGAUCUGUCCUCUAUGUAUGUGUAUGGAGACAACUUGAGGCUCCAGCAAGUCCUUUCAGAUUUUUUGACAGUUGCUGUCCGUUUUACCCCUGCAUUUAGUGGAUCAUCAGUUAUGUUCAUGGUAAAUCCUAGUAAGGAAUCUCUAGGAACAAAGAUGCAAUUUCUUCAUGUUGAAUUUAGGAUUACACAUCCAUCCCCAGGAAUCCCAGAAGAUCUGGUCCUAGAGAUGUUCCACCGUAGAGCAGGCAUGUCAAGAGAAGGAUUGGGUUUGUACAUAAGCCACAAACUUGUCAAAAUCAUGAAUGGCACUCUGCAAUAUCUUAGGGGAGAAGAUUGCUCGUCUUUCGUCAUUCACCUAGAAUUUCCGAUCAACCAAGAUAUUGGCCACAAAUGAAGUUAGUUUCAACUAGAAAGCUGCCAAAAGUUGGAAUCAAUCUUAUUUCAAAAGAGCCGUUUGUUCAACAAAUAAAUUCCAUAGCCUAGCACCAUCUUUGAGUUUAUAAGUUGGUUGGUCUUCUGAUGAGCUGAUGGGACAUUUGAGAGCUUGAUGAUAAUGGGAACAUUCCACUGGUUAACCAGAAGAAGGCUCUAUAUUACAUGCUACCAAAAAAUUACGUGGAAAAGGUUAGCUAGUCUUCUAAUUAACUUGGGGGAAAUGAAAUAAUUUUAUUCAAAGCUUUACUGAUAUUAUCUCAUGUGUCAAAGAAGUAAUGUGCUUGGACUCGGAGCAUGCUUUGAUAGGGAGAACAUGCUUCAAGUUAACCAACAUAAGGUUGGGGGGUUGGUUUCCUGAAACAGGAUACUUGGGGGAGCAGUUUAUCAGCUUCAAGCUGGGUGUGCUGUCACCAGGAACAGGCGUGGCUGAGUUAGUUGGAGAGAGAAAUGAUGCGGCUGAUUUAACCACCAUAGGUGCUAACCUUUUUGCAGGAGCAUACUAGUGAUGACUUCUAUGUAAUAGUUCACCUUAAUAUAUGUUCAGAAGUGAAGUUCACAUUCGCUACCAUACCACGAUCAAAGUUGCUGUCUGGUUGAGCAUGUACUUGUAACAAUAUGCUCUCUUGGUAUGAUUUAGGAAAGAAUGGGAACAAAAUGAAGUUUGUAAGUUGUAGAUUUUUUUUGUAUAGUAAAUAUAGUUUUAUUUGUAUCUAAUGUAAUGUAUCUCCAUCAGAAUUCUUGUUUUUCUGGUGUUUGAUAAAGAAUAGGCUAAAAGAGUACCUUGUACCAGUUGUGCUUAUUUCCAAAUACUGCUCUUAAAUAGUA